GUUCGAUCUGGAGGCGCUUGUGCCAGCAGUAGCUUCUUGCCGCCGCUUCGCGCAUACAUCGUCCCUCCAAGUCGGCCAAGGAAUGAAGACCCUCUGAAGCCGAAUGUGGUUCCUGUAGAGUAGGAAUUCCACCCAACUGCGGCUUCAUCAGUCCAGAAGUGGACCGGACAUGUCAGGGAAAUUGAGUGCGAAGACCACCAUGACUAACCAGGAAAAGUGGAUCACCCUGAGUCCUGCAGAAUUCUCUCAGCUACAGAAGUACGCCCAGUACUCCACAAAGAAGCUGAAGAAUGUUCUAGAAGAAUUCCAUGGUGCUGGUGUGCUCGUGAAAUACAAUCCAGAGCAGCCAAUCGACUUUGAAGGCUUCAAACUGUUUAUGAAAACAUUCUUGGAAGCCGAGCUGCCUGAUGACUUCUGUCAGCAUCUGUUCCUGUCAUUCAAGAACAAAUCAAUCCUUCCAAGCCCUUCAUCGCAGGCUAGAAAUUCCAGCAGUCCUUCACUCGAUGCAGGGGGACUUCAAAACUCUGAGACAAAGACUGAACUACAGAUUAUUCAAGAAACCUCAUCUCCUUCUGUUACAUCCUCCCUUGCCAGCAUUGAUGCAUCAGAUGUGGUUCAGCUAAAGGAUAUAGUUUGCUACUUGUCGUUACUGGAGGGUGGUCGGCCUGAGGACAAGUUAGAAUUCAUGUUCCGUCUUUAUGACACUGAUGGAAAUGGGUCGCUAGAUAGCUCGGAACUUGACCAGAUCAUCAGUCAAAUGAUGCAUGUCGCUGAAUAUCUACAAUGGGAUGUGACCGAACUCAAACCAAUUCUUCAGGAGAUGAUGGAAGAGAUAGAUUAUGACCAUGAUGGUACAGUGUCUCUGGAUGAAUGGAUUCAGGGAGGAAUGACAACCAUCCCACUCCUGGUUCUCUUGGGUCUCGAAACAAAUGUGAAAGAUGAUGGGCAACAUGUGUGGAAGCUGAAACACUUCAACAAACCUGCCUACUGCAAUCUCUGCUUGAACAUGCUGAUUGGUCUUGGCAAGCAAGGCCUCUGCUGUUCCUUCUGCAAGUAUACAGUUCAUGAACGCUGUGUGUCCAGAGCUCUUCCCGCCUGCAUCAACACAUAUGUCAAGUCAAAAAAGAAUGCAACUGUAAUGCAUCACUUCUGGGUGGAAGGAAACUGUCCAAAGAAAUGUGACAAGUGCCAUAAAACCAUCAAGUGUUAUCAGGGUCUUACAGGCCUUCAUUGUGUAUGGUGUCAAAUCACUCUGCACAACAAGUGUGCAUCCCACAUGAAACCUGAAUGUGACUUUGGACCACUGAAAGAUCAUAUCUUACCCCCAUCUUCGAUCUGUCCCAUCGUAUUGGAUAGGCAAACUACUGUGAAAAGAAGAGAUGGUAAUUCCCAGCCAACAAAAAAGUCAGAGGAGCGCAUCAAGAUACAACGAGCGAACUCUGUCACAGUUGACGGACAAGGUUUGCAGGUUACACCAGUUCCAGGCACACACCCGCUUCUGGUUUUUGUCAAUCCCAAAAGUGGUGGGAAACAAGGAGAAAGAAUCUUCAGAAAAUUCCAGUUCCUUCUGAAUCCACGCCAGGUUUACAGUCUUGGCAGCAGUGGCCCAAUGCCAGGAUUAAAUUUUUUUCGGGAUGUUCCUGACUUUAGACUUCUAGCUUGCGGUGGAGACGGAACAGUGGGAUGGAUCCUUGAUUGCAUAGAUAAAGCAAAUUUGCCUCAGCACCCUCCAGUGGCAGUUCUUCCACUUGGAACUGGCAAUGACUUGGCUCGAUGUCUUAGAUCAGGAGGAGGUUAUGAAGGUGAGAGUCUGAUGAAGAUUAUCAAAGACAUUGAGAACUGCACAGUGGUCAUGCUGGACAGGUGGAAAAUUGAGGUGAUUCCCAACAACAAAGAAGAAAAGGGAGACCCGGUGCCUUACAAUAUUAUCAACAACUAUUUCUCUAUUGGAGUGGAUGCAUCAAUAGCCCAUAGAUUCCACAUCAUGCGGGAGAAACAUCCCGAGAAGUUCAACAGUCGAAUGAAGAACAAGUUCUGGUAUUUUGAAUUUGGGACAUCUGAAACAUUCUCUGCUACGUGCAAAAGACUCCAUGAAUAUGUAGAGAUAGAGUGUGAUGGAAUACUACUGGAUUUGAGCAAUAUGCCCUUGGAAGGUAUAGCUGUUCUCAAUAUACCAAGUAUACAUGGUGGAUCGAACUUGUGGGGUGAGAGCAAGAAACGACGCAGUUAUCAUCGGACAAGCAAGAAGGCGCCCGAUAAACGGACGGUUCUCGAUACCAAAGAGCUGAAAUAUUGUGUUCAAGAUGUAAGUGACCAGUUGUUUGAAGUGAUUGGUCUGGAAGGGGCCAUGGAAAUGGGACAGAUCUACACCGGGUUAAAAAGUGCAGGAAAAAGACUGGCUCAGUGCUCCUUGGUGACCAUCAGAACCAGCAAGUUCCUACCAAUGCAGAUUGACGGAGAACCUUGGAUGCAAACCCCUUGCACAAUUACAAUAAAUCACAAGAACCAAGCCCCAAUGCUGAAGGCACCACCUCCCAAGACUGGCUUUGUUUCUUCAAUCAUCAAGAGGACUCGGAGUUAAGACCCAAGGAAGAAAGAGAUAACUUGGUGCAUUUUUCUCUUUGAAUGAGAACAAGGAAUUACGAACAUGUUGCCCUCUGAAAGAGUCGCUCUUAGCUGGAAACUUUAAAGCACACACGGGAAAUCUGGUUUUACCCAGUUCAUGUUCUUCCUGUCCACCUACAAUGAUAAUCAGAAAAUUAGGUAAAACACGACUAAAAUCACAUUACUCCCGAUCAGCUGGAGAGGUUUCCUCUAAUUGCAAAAGCAGUAAACAACCUCUCCAUCCCCAAACUAAAUUACUGUAGACCAUUGAUUUGCACAGUUGUCAUUUCUAUGAUUGAAUACAAGAAUUAAAUCAUGAAAGUUA